AUGUCGCAUAAUUCGACAUGCACCACGGCUUCCGUGGCUGCCACCACCCACGACAUCGUUCAUGGAUGGGUGUAUCAGCCAAACUGUCGUGGAACUAUCGACAUCAUAUGGUCAGGCUUGUUCACGAUCUUUAUAUGCACGUACACCAUGUUAUGCCUUAACGUGCCUGCCCAAUACGAGAAACCUUGGGAUAUCAUUUUCGUUCUCACAUAUGCCAGUGCACAAUGGGGUAGAGCCAGGGAUUCUGUGAGGGCUUUCAAGGCGUCCGGCUUUCCUCAGUGGACAAUGCGGCACGGGUUCUUUGCUGACAUGGGGGGCUUCCAUCUUGUUCCUCCGGACGGUCCCCCGUUCCCGGUCACUUCAAAGCACAUCCAUUGGCUGGUAAUCCAUAAUUACCUGCCUUUCCCAGAAAUCACCUCGGAAGAGAUCACAGACAGAUCCAAGCAAGAUACAGUUGCGAAGAUUGUCAGCUGUAUGCAGACAAGCUGGAUGCUUCUUCAGUGCCUAGGUCGCGCGGCACAGGGUCUUGCCAUCACCACACUGGAAUUGUCGGCCCUUGCUAUCGUAACGCCACUGGAUUUCAUCGAUGACCUACUCCCAAGUUGGUCUUUGAAUGUACAGCCCUUCAUGAAGAUGCCUGUCGCACCCUUCGAACGGCCACUGCCGCGCCUUGGCAACGACAGGCUUCCUGACCUGAAGGGCUAUCAGGAGAUAAUUCUUUGUGUUGCGACCCUGUUGUAUGCCUCGAUCCAUCUCAUUGGCUGGAAUUUCGGAUUCCCAACGAAGGCGGAGCUCAUCCUCUGGCGUGUAUGCAGUAUGUUUCUGUUCGGAACGGUUGCAUUUUGGGUCUUCGAGACGUCAGCUGCCUGGUAUCGGAUAGGACGCUGGCAGCGCUUCAUCUGCAGGAUCUUCUGGAAAUCUAAACUGGAAGACGUGGAGCAAGCGCGACUGACAAGGGAAUCUGCCAAGGUCCCCAAAGUACUGCCACUGAAGGCCGAAUUCUGGAGUAUAUUCCCCCUUGCUUGCACGUAUGCUGCUGCAAGGUUAUACUUGAUCGUCGAGGCCUUCGUUGGGCUAAGAGCUUUGGAAGCCAGCGCUUAUCGCACUGUGGAUUGGACAACGUUUCUGCCUCACCUCUGA